AUGAUCUGUAUGCCCAGAACUUCUUGUUCCUAUCCGACAUCUGUCGUAACGUGGAUCGCGUCUGAGGGUGUUUUGAGAGUGGACCGGGAAUUUGGCGCAGACAACCGCACAUACGAAAUCGAGGGCAUUGAAGCGUACAAUGCUGUGACUUGGGCUUUAGAGGCUGGAUACCGUCAUAUUGACUCCGCGGCUUGGUAUUACAACGAAAAGGAGGUGGGAAAAGCAAUCCUGGAUUUCUGCGAGGCGAGGAAAAUACCUCGUUCCGACAUAUAUUUCGUCACCAAACUGCGAUCCAACGACGGAUAUGAGGCAUCGAAGAAAGCCAUACAGAAAUCCCUGGAUGCAUGCGGUUUGGGGUAUAUUGACUUGUAUCUUGUGCAUGGUCCUCUAGGAGGUACUCGAGCACGGAUGGAUAGUUGGAAAGCUAUUUUGGAAGCAAAAUCGGAAGGGAAGCUUCGGAAUGCGGGCGUCAGUAAUUAUGGCAUAAAACAUCUUCAAGAGAUGAUAGAAGCCGACACCGAGCUUCCCGCUGUUAACCAGAUCGACCUUCAUCCGUUUAUGACACGGACGAAGUUAGUAGAGUUCUGUCGGCAGAAUAACAUAGCGUUAGAGGCGUGGGGACCACUUGCUCGGGGAUUCAGGUUCAAGCAUCCGGUUCUUGUCAAACUUGCGAAGAAAUACGGGAAGGAGGUCCCCCAAGUCCUCCUACGUUACUCUCUUCAAAAGGGAUUCAUUCCGCUUCCGAAGUCGGUCUCGAAGGAACGAAUCAUCUCCAACACGUUGAUAUAUGACUUUGAACUUACGUCGGACGAAGUGGAGGAACUCGAUGACUUAGACGAAUAUCUCGUCACUGACUGGGAUCCGAGUGACUGCCCCUAGACGUUCUGCUCGGAAUGCCUUGGGCGGUGAGUAGAUUGAGAAUGGAACCUAUAUACACGACCUCGAGGCGGCCUAAUUUUGCGUCUUAAUGGAAGAGUACUACCCUGUUACUUACGAUAUGCAUUCAAGGUAGCCUCAUUGUGUUUCGUACCCCAAACCGAGUGUUAUUAUUGCUCAAUAAAAUUGAAAUAGAGGUCUAUAC